GGCUGAAGGUGCGCUCCCUCCGGGACGCCGGUGCGGGAGCUGGGGCUGCGGCCGCGAGGGGAGAGCGUUCAUCCGGGGCCAUGAACGGGACGGUGAACCCACUGCUGGACCGUGAGGAACACUGCCUGCGCCUCGGAGAGAGCUUCGAGAAGCGGCCACGGGCCUCCUUCCACACCAUUCGCUAUGAUUUUAAGCCAGCGUCUAUAGACACUUCCUGUGAAGGAGAGCUUCAGGUUGGCAAAGGAGAUGAAGUCACAAUUACGCUGCCACAUAUUCCUGGAUCCACGCCACCAAUGACUGUGUUCAAGGGGAACAAACGGCCUUAUCAGAAAGACUGUGUGCUUAUCAUUAAUCACGACACUGGUGAAUAUGUGCUGGAGAAACUCAGUAGCAGCAUUCAGGUCAAGAAGACCAGAGCUGAGGGGAGCAGCAAAAUCCAGGCCCGGAUGGAGCAGCAGCCCACUCGGCCCUCACAGCCUUCACAGCCACCCCCACCCCCACCCCCACCUCCCGGGCCCCUCAGAGUGGCAGCGAAGCCUCCAGUUGGACCCAGAACUUCUCCCUUGAAGGACAACCCCUCGCCUGAACCUCAGCUGGAUGACAUCAAAAGAGAGCUGAGGGCUGAAGUUGACAUUAUUGAGCAGAUGAGCAGCAGCAGUGGGAGCAGCUCCUCAGACUCCGAGAGCUCCUCAGGAAGUGAUGAUGACAGCUCCAGCAGUGGAGGCGAGGACAAUGGCCCGGCCUCUCCUCCACAGCUGUCACACCAGCAGCCCUACAACAGCAGGCCUGCCAUUGCCAAUGGAACCAGCCGGCCACAAGGAAGCAGCCAGCUCAUGAACACCCUCAGAAAUGACCUGCAGUUGAGUGAGUCUGGCAGUGACAGUGAUGAUUAGCACCCGAUCUUUCGAAGUCUACUUCCUGGUGCAUAAACAUGAUGUGACAAGACCAGGCUACUUUCGCACGGAGUCCGUUGCCACAAGGAAAAUGUUGUGGAUCAGCAUCUAUAAGGAGUUUGAGGCUUUGGAACUCUCUGAUAUUCAACUCUUUGACUUAGUGGUGCGGGUUGAUUUUUCUCAUGUAAUUUUUGAAUAAUCUCCUAUUGCAAAGUUUAAAUAGAUCUGUCGAAGAACUAACAAUUAUAUUUCUAUUUGGUUAACAUUUGUAAUGAAAAACACAAUUGUGCCCUGGGCUAGGUUGCUCAAAGCCACGUCUUCACCAGGUCAGUGAUUCGGUUUUAAAUCUCAGCAGCCAUUAGUUUGGCCAGUAGACCUGAAAUGGUCUGUGCCGGUGAGAUCAAACAAUCUGAGGGAUAAGGAAGAAGAGGGAGACCUCAAACUGCACCGUAGAAAUAUGUUACAGCCACUUGAAGUUGACAUGAAGUGGUAAGGAAGUUUGUCUGACCCAGCCUGACAAACCUGGGUAGAAAUGAACUUCAGGGGAGUCUUUGAGUGUCAGCUGGGUUGGACUCCAAAGAUAUUCUAGCUCAAUCCCCUCAUUUACAGGAAAGGGAAGCUUGUGGCUGGUUUAUGACCAGUCUUCUGUUCCCAGUCCAUGUUCCCUCCCUUGAGUUUCACUUAAUGGAGUUAGAGAUUUUUAUACAUGGAACUUACAGAGUACAUUAGCAUUUUUACUGGAUUCAAAAAGACAAAAGCCCUAAGUAGCUCCAGCUAGAAUUCAGAUCCCAACAGUCCCUAAAUGCUUUAGGCUGAGUGAGUGGGCAGAUUAAGCCAGCAGCCACUAUGUUGAUCCAUGUGGCUCAGUUAAAUUAAGGCUUUUAGUUCCAUGUGGAUCCAUCCUAGGUGUUCUUUAUUUAUUGGGUUUUAGCAGAAUGGGCAUAGGGUAGGAGUAGAAAAGAAACCUCUCUGAACAAAAAUGAGCCAGCAGUAAAUUUCCAAAAACCAAAAUCUAAAUAGGAGUUCUGCAAUAUGGAAUGAGCACAUUCCUUGAUAAGAUCUUUCUGCUUAUGAUUUUGUACCACUGUGCCUGACUCCUAGACUAGUUUGUAUUUUUAUAUAAAACUAGAAGAAAAUCACAAGAUUGCCUUCUACAGUGUGCAGUUUCCAAAUGAAUCUGAUGUUGUUGGAAACUGGUCACUAGUAAAUGUUCCAUAUUGAGUGAAUGUGUGGUGAAUUGUUCAAUGAUUAAUAUGGAGCAGCCUAUUUCUGUAGUUUGAAUGAAUGUGUCCUAAGAAAUUCCUAUCUACUUUGAUUCUGUGGGUGUCAAAACAUUAAUAAUGAUUUUCCUUUCUCUGGUUCCUCCACUUAGAUGGCCUCUCCCUAGCUAGUGGAGGAAAACAGUCUGGACCUACAAAGGAAAUGGAUGGUCCAUGAUGGGGGGCUUUGGUGAGAGUUCGUCAUGCACAUAGUGACUCCAGGGAGCCAAAAUGGGAGGAGGAGCCGUUGCCUUGCAGUACACCUGCAGCACUCUGCCCCAGUGUAGGUGGUAGGCAUGUGCUAGUACUUGUGGUGGGGUCUUUGCCCAUCAUGAGGGCUCAAUGGAUUCGGUGGCAGGUAGGAACUUAUUUAUAAUGCUUUAGAAUUCCGUGGUAAUGGUAGCUCAGGGAAGGUAAAGGUCACAAUUGGAGACUUGAAUUGUUGCUGGAUGUGGGAAUUACUUCACUGCUCUUAACUUGCUCAAAUUGGAGCAGGUUCCAGGAACUUGAACUAAAACACCUAUUUACCCACAAUCCCCAAGCCUUGAUGUAGAUGGAACUGUGGAUUUUGGCCUGUUAAGAUGUUUGUUUCUAUAGGAAAUACUUGUAUGUGGCACUACUUGGUGAAUCAAGCUUUCUGAGCUUCAGCCCCUCUCCCCUGCCAUUUGUCCUACCCAGGUUAUUCUGUAGCACAGCUCUGGUUUUUGUUUUCUACACAAAACAUUCCAUGGUUCUGUCUCCCAACAGAUUUAGGAAUUUUUUCUUUUUGGAAAUCAAGAAUGAGGCCUGAUGACCCUCACAGGUAUAUUCAUGCCAGCUAAAUUGGAAUUUGUCUUCCUGUGUCUGUGCCUUCACUGUCUCCUCUGCUCCCUUCUCCCCACUCCCAGCCUCAGGUCCAGGGUUCUGUAGUUCCGUCUUCAUGGACUCUUGCUCUGUUUUGACCCAUGUGGAGUGCCCCGUGAGUACAAACUGACCCUUUUCUUACUUGAACUCUGGUUGGUAUGAGCUCCGUAAUAGCAAGGGCUGUCAUCACAGGACUAGCCAUUCAUGUGCUGAUAGCCUGUGGAGGAGGAGGCAGAGAAAACUAGCCAGUGAAGUAGAGGGGUUAGACAGAGAAAGCACCCCGGGCAUUUGGACAAAGCUGAAUAUAUCCAUGCUGAAGUUUCUAACUAAACUGUUAGAUUGCCUUUACUUUAUGCAGUCUCUGGUGCACUGAGUCAUUUAGGUGAGGUGCAAAGACUAAAUCUGAAAUGUCUGAGGAGCCAUGGCAAGCCUUAGUAAAACGUGUUGGGGAAACAUAAAUAAAAUAGAGAUGUAUAAUAAUGCCACUCAUUUCUGUAGCAGAAUCUUUUUUUUUUUCAAUGUGUGGCAUGCUUCAGUGGUAGGAAAACUUGAAAUCCUUAUUUCCCUAUUUCACUGGGUCACCAGGAUACUGGUUCACCAGGAAAGAGCGAGAGGAGAGAGAGUGAGUGUGUGUGUGUGUGUGUGUGUGUGUGUGAUGUAUUUAUUACAUUAUUUUGAAAGAGAAUUAUUUGUUAUGUGGAUAUAUGUAUUAGGUACAGCCAAAGUGGAUAUUCUCAUUUGGCAAAGAGUGUAGGAUUUCUGAAACUCAGGCCUUAACCGGUAGAUUGGAAGACCAAUUGAAAUGUUAUGAAAUGUAUGUUUUAUUUGCUUCUGUCAUUUCUGUCUUGAGUUCAUUGUCUCCUUUAAUGAUUUUAAAAAUCUUGUUUCUAAAGUUCAUUUUGCAUAAUUAUGAAGUAGACAUGCAUGUUUACAUUUACGUAGAAUAUUUGUGGUAUAGUUUUUCUGUUGUUUAUUCUCUUAAAAGAUCACUAUAUUUAAAUAAAACUGAAGGUCAGCAAUACA